CCUUCCACCACAUGGCCUUCCAACAACCCUUGAUAGGGAAAGCGCAGCCAGUGCGUGAAACUUGUUUUUAUCUAUACAGCUUGGCAGGUUGGCUUGUAUUCUAGCGCCAAUGUACGGAAUUUAAAUGGCGCAAAAAGCCAACAUUGGGCAGCGUCUGCCAGUCUUCCAGAUCCGUCGUUUUUUUUCACCUGGAUAUGAUCGACAUUAUCGAGCGCGUGUUUUCAUUUUCUCCACCUCCACAACCGUCGUUGCCGGAAUCAGGGUGAUGUAUGAGGCCGCAAUGUCCUUGCCAAUAUCCAAAUUCGUCUGGCUGCCAGUUAUCCUUUCAUGCGUUUACAGCCCCGGCUUGAUGAGCUACGCAUAUUCUGUGGAUAUAAAGGAAGAGACAUGAUACAGCUCACUAUCCGGCAAGCCCUACACAUUUUCUAUUAUCUACAACACUCGUACCCAAAUUCUAGCAGCGAUGUCUGGCAAUGACCGUGCGUCUUCUGCUUAGUUGUUCGAUAUGCAGGAUGUGUCCGCUCAUUGACCUCCAGACCCCCGCCAGAAGUUGAACAACGAAUUACAGAGGAUUUAUGGACCCUUUGCACAAGACCAUGUCAGGUGGGAGAUCUAUUCGCAAGGCCCUCCCAACGCCUCAACAUGGCAUGCGACCGUCUACAGUAAGGCUGACUUCUAAAAAGUCGAAGAUGUGUACGCUAACCAAUACGUCAUACAGUUGAUGAUAUGAAUUACGGC